GUACUUACGGUUCAAAUGUUUUUCCUCUCUUUAUUUAUUGUUUCCAGUCCAAAGCAUUGACUAUGAAAUGGCAACAGAGUUGAUUCUAAAUCAACGAACCCUCUACAAACUGCAUCAAGAUAUAGAUUUUGAAUGGUAUUACAUUGACUGUAUGCGUUCACUUGAGGUAGUUAUGAUUGACAUCAAGUCUACAAAUUUGGGAAAUACCUCUUUCAUAUGCUUUGUCAAUGAUGUGCUUGGGAAUUUAGAGGACUCUUCGGUUUGUAACACGGAAACUACCACUCUUCCUGGAAAAGUAUAUCUAAGGAGAACACGAGGUCGCUUUUUUACAUUUGGAUUGAAGGCAGACAUAACAGGAAACAUGUCAUUUCAGGUGUACGUAUCGAGUAUAGAAGCACAAAAUGGUGAGCCAUGUUUUGAAAGUAUUGAAAUAGACGACAAACAGGUACCAAACACUCAGAUCACUGUUUCUUCUGGAACCACAGACCAAAUACCUACAAAUACAAACACUAUUUUUACUGGUUGGAUUCAUGAUGCUACAGAUCUUAAACCUUGGAUUUUGACCUGUGAACAUGUGGACCACUUUCCCAGUUUUUAUUUCGGCAACAAUAAGGAUACAUUACAGGCAUACAAAGACAUGGAAUUUAGAAUAUUCCCACCUGAAAGCUUUUGGAAAAGAAAUCAAGUGUUCAUUCUGCCGAGACCAAUCAAUGGAAGAUACGCAAAGUUCAAACAUUCAUUUGAAAAGCCAACAAGCAAAUCAAGAUGUUUAAAUUUCAAGUUGUUUGGCUGUAAACUGACACGUAUAACUGACAUCAGCAGCAUCGAAUCAUCUGAAAUGCUACCUCUCGAAUAUGAAUUGUUAUCUGGAGAUUCAACUGUCUUGAAUACGAAUCUUACAAGAUGUAUCGAACUUUGUAGUAUUCAGAAAAGUUGUAGUGUUGCCAGUUUUAAAACUUUGUCUAACAAAACUAUGGAAGAGGAUAACGAACAUCAUGGACCAAAUGGAUCAAUCAAACUAGUCGGAAUGUGUAAUCACUACAUGUAUAGUCCUUUUGGAUUAUGGAAAAGUAAGAAGAUUAUUGAUGAUGGACAAUGUUUCGCCAAACUACAAAACAUUGGAAUAAUGAAAUGUCAUUCCCGAGAGCUAAACGCAAAGAUGGAAAUUGUUCCCUUUGGGGGUCAUACAAUACGUAAGAAAAUAGACUCCAUUCAAUUACGUCCCUAA